GUGAGCUGCUGCGGGCGGGCCGGCGCUCUGAUCCGUGGGCGUCUGCCGCGUCUCUCGCCGCCGCCGCCUUCCCUUCGUCACCAUGCCGGGGAUCGACAAGCUGCCCAUCGAAGAGACGCUGGAGGACAGCCCUCAGACAAGAUCUUUACUGGGUGUAUUUGAAGAAGAUGCCACAGCCAUUUCCAACUAUAUGAACCAAUUGUAUCAAGCUAUGCAUCGGAUUUAUGAUGCACAGAAUGAGUUAAGUGCAGCAACACAUCUGACUUCAAAACUUUUAAAAGAAUAUGAAAAACAGCGUUUUCCAUUGGGAGGCGAUGAUGAAGUUAUGACAUCUACUUUACAACAGUUUUCAAAAGUUAUAGAUGAACUUAGCUCUUGUCAUGCAGUACUUUCAACUCAACUUGCUGAUGCCAUGAUGUUCCCCAUUACCCAGUUUAAAGAAAGAGAUCUGAAAGAAAUAUUGACUUUAAAAGAAGUGUUUCAGAUUGCUAGUAACGAUCAUGAUGCUGCAAUUAACAGAUAUAGCCGAUUGUCCAAAAAAAGAGAAAAUGACAAGAUGAAAUAUGAAGUAACAGAAGAUGUGUACACUUCCAGAAAGAAACAACACCAGACCAUGAUGCAUUAUUUUUGUGCAUUAAAUACUCUUCAAUACAAGAAGAAAAUAGCAUUGUUAGAACCUCUACUUGGGUAUAUGCAAGCUCAGAUAAGUUUCUUUAAGAUGGGUUCUGAAAAUCUCAGUGAACAAUUAGAAGAAUUUUUAGCUAAUAUUGGAACAAGUGUACAGAAUGUUCGCAGGGAAAUGGACAGUGAUGUAGAGACCAUGCAACAGACAAUAGAGGACUUGGAAAUAGCCAGUGACCCUUUAUAUGUGCCUGACCCAGACCCCACCAAAUUUCCUGUUAAUCGAAAUUUAACCCGAAAGGCUGGAUACCUUAAUGCUAGGAAUAAAACAGGCUUGGUGUCAUCUACCUGGGAUAGACAGUUUUACUUCACGCAGGGUGGAAACUUAAUGAGUCAAGCCCGUGGAGAUGUGGCAGGAGGCCUUGCCAUGGACAUAGACAACUGUUCAGUGAUGGCUGUGGACUGUGAAGACAGGAGAUACUGUUUUCAGAUCACUUCUUUUGAUGGAAAAAAAUCUUCAAUUUUGCAAGCAGAAAGUAAAAAGGACCAUGAGGAGUGGAUCUGUACAAUAAACAACAUAUCUAAACAAAUAUACUUAAGUGAAAAUCCAGAGGAAACUGCUGCACGAGUAAAUCAGUCAGCUCUGGAAGCUGUCACUCCCUCCCCAUCCUUCCAGCAAAGGCAUGAGAGCCUACGGCCAGCAGGACAGUCUCGGCCACCGACAGCUCGGACAAGCAGUUCAGGGUCCAUAGGAUCUGAAUCCAUGAAUUUGGCUGCCUUAUCACUAGAUUCUCUUGUUGCCCCAGACACCCCAAUACAAUUUGACAUAAUUUCUCCUGUGUGUGAAGAUCAGCCUGGCCAAGCAAAAGCUUCUGGCCAGGGAGGCAAGCGUACAAAUCCAUUUGGUGAAUCUGGAGGAAAUACAAAAUCUGAAACAGAAGAUUCUAUUCUUCAUCAGUUAUUUAUUGUUCGGUUCCUUGGUUCUAUGGAGGUGAAAUCAGAUGAUCAUCCAGAUGUUGUUUAUGAAACGAUGCGCCAGAUCUUAGCUGCUCGGGCCAUUCAUAACAUUUUCCGUAUGACAGAAUCACAUUUAUUAGUCACUUGUGACUGUUUAAAGUUAAUUGAUCCACAGACACAAGUUACAAGACUCACGUUUCCAUUGCCCUACGUGGUUUUGUAUGCUACACACCAGGAAAAUAAGCGGCUUUUUGGAUUUGUCCUUCGGACAUCAGGAGGGAGGAGUGAAAGUAAUCUGUCCUCAGUCUGCUAUAUAUUUGAAUCAAACAACGAGGGAGAAAAGAUUUGUGAUGCUGUUGGACUGGCAAAACAGAUAGCUUUGCAUGCUGAACUGGAUCGGAGGGCAUCAGAAAAACAAAAAGAAAUAGAGAGAGUAAAAGAGAAGCAACAGAAAGAGCUCAGUAAACAAAAACAGAUUGAAAAGGACUUGGAAGAGCAAAGUCGGUUGAUAGCUGCUUCAAGUAGACCAAAUCAAGCCAAUACUGAGGGACAAUUUAUUGUCCUUAGCAGUAGCCAGUCAGAAGAGAGUGAUUUGGGAGAAGAAGGAAAGAAGAAAGAGUCAGAAGCAUAAACCUGUUCUUGCUUUUUGAUUCACCACCAAAUUCAACAAUUUCAGUGGUGAAAUUGCAUGAGGUAACAACUGUGUUGAUAUUUCAAGGAGACUAAGCUUUAUAUUUGCUUGUUUUAGCUUUAUUUUAAAAACAUUGAACUUGAUAACUUAGGUUUACAUUGUUUUGUCUGCAGAAAUACACUGUGCAUUAACAUUAAAUUCAUCAUGUCUACAGAAAACAUGCUUUUAUCCCUGAGGUAGAUUGCUGAGGAAUUAUACUUAGGCAUUUUUUCUUUUAAAUUGUGAACAUUUAUCUUGCAUUUUAAUGGAUUGUAUCAGGUUCAGAUAUUUAUGGCUAUUUUCUCCCUCCUUUCCUUUCAUUAGGAACACUUUACUAGUGAGAAAAUGUUUAACUCAGUAAGUUUAAAACAUUUUCAUAAAAAAUUAUAUAAAUUUGCAGAUAUUUUAACUACAUUAAAUAUGAAGGAGAAUUUGUAUAAAAUCAUUAGAACAGAGGUUUUAGUAAGUUUUAAAUCUUAAGUACGUUUUCAGUUAAGACAGGUAGUACUAUUGAUUUCAGAGUACCUUCUUGGAUUGCACCCAUUUUUCUAAUGAACUACAUGAGAGCCUUCAGGAAAAAAGCCCUUGGCAUUUUGUUACCAUAUUCUUAGUUCUUAGGUUGGGACUUCAGUUAUUACUGCAGAGCAGUAAUGGCUUGAAAAGAUUUCAGAAUUCACUCAAAGAUUUUUGGGUUGUUAUUCAAAUACAGUUCAGAUUAGGAUUGACAUGUAAAGAUACCAUUACAGAAUGAGACUUUGUAUUUUUUGCAUUGUGUAAAAUAAUUUUUACUGAUAAUCACGUGACAUUUCAAAUGAAGUUCAUUUAACAUGUUUGCUGCUUAAGGUAAAAAUUUGCAGUUUAGUGUAGAAAAUGUAAUCCUUUAAAUCUCAAAUUGAUAUUCCAGUAUUUUCAUAAUCUCAUUUUAAUAAUGUAUCGAAUCACCACUUUAUAUCUACAAGGCAGAUCACUAAUUUAUGAGCAUAGAAUAAUUUGCACUAAUUAUUGUAAAUGUAAUUUUCAAAGGAGUAAUAAGGUCUAAUUCCAUGAAAGAGUAAAAUGAAAUUGAAUGCCUGAUACAUUAUAGGAUAGGUUGAGCAAGAAAUGAUAUUAGCCUGUGCCAAGGUUAAAAUGUCAUUUCUCUACUGUCUAUCUUGUUUGUAAAAGCUUGAUUCAUUAUUUUUUACUCAGAUUUUAAAUGUUGCUGAUAGAAAUUAUGUUUAUGUGUUCUACAUGAAAGUAUAUGAGAAAAAGAGAGCAUAUGUGUGUAUAUGUAUAUAUACUCACAUUAAAUAUUUUGAGCAAAAUAUUUUAAAUAGCCAUGAGGCUAAUAACUGACUAACUUUACAAGGGAUAUGAAGUUUUUUCUUCAUAGUUGUGAGUUAGAAACAUCAUCUAUUUUAGUUCUCAAAAUAUAGCUUUGUUGUUUAACAUUGUGUAUAUAUUGUUUUCUGUAGGAGAGGGAUAAUUAUAUAUAGGAUCUUGUAUUAUUUUUAUCCAUGUGUCAAAUGGGGUAAUGAUUACUAAAUAUUUUUGAAGCCUUAUGUUAACAUAUAGCAAACAAGUAGAAAUUGAGAAAAUACUUUUUAAUUAAAAGCAUAUUUUGUGCUUACCGAAA